GGACAACAGCGUAAGAAGACUCAUAGGUGAAGCUGCGUUAAGUGAUCACUAAGCGGCAUUUUCUGUGUGGACUAGAUAUUGAUUGUUACGCCGUCUUUUACCUCGAUCGCCUAACGUCAGGUUAAAAUGAUGAUGUCCCCGAUGCAAAUGGGGCCCAUGGGUCUCAUGGGUUCAAUGCAGAUGGGUCACCUAAUGGCCAGCCAGAUGUCUCAUAUGGGACAGAUGGCAGGGUACCAGCAACAGCUCAAUCAACAGGCGUUCAACCAGCAAAACAACAACUCAGGCAAUGACUCCAGUAACGGCCAUGCCCUAAAUAGCAAUGGAGCCAUGGCCUUCCCUGGUGGCUCAAUUCAGUCGUCAACACAGGAGCAGCUUUCGUCUGUAGCAGCAUCGCCCCUCGCCUACGACGUUUCUGACGAUAGUGCACCCUCAUCUCCAGAUAACAUCAACUCAAGUGUCACUUCGAGUGCUUCUUCCCCUUCGGUGAAUCCUCAAAGCCAAUUUGUUGGUUCAUCACGCCGAGGUCCAGACCACAUUCGACGUCCGAUGAACGCCUUUAUGGUGUGGUCACGUGCCCAGCGACGUAAAAUUGCUCUGGAAAACCCGAAGAUGCACAAUAGCGAAAUUUCACGACGUCUUGGUUCCGAAUGGAAGGCUCUGAGCGAAGAGCAGAAGAGACCAUUUAUUGAUGAAGCCAAACGGCUGCGCGAGCAGCAUAUGCGUGAUCAUCCUGAAUACAAAUAUCGUCCUCGUCGCAAGCCAAAACCAGCGGCUUCGGUAAGCCCUCCUAUUGGCGUCGGCGCGCCGCAUAUGCCAGGUCAGCUUAACGGCAACCACAGCAGCGCCAACAAUAAUAAUCAAGCCGGCUUCCCUAAUGCUAACGACAUCACCGGCAUGGGCUCGAAGCAACAGGACGUCAUGUCGCAGAUUCAAAACAGUCCCUACAAUCCGUUUACAUUGCCAUACAUGAACUACAUCGGAAGCCAGCUCAACAGCUCAUCGAUGCGAUCUCCAGAGUCAACCUACUCGUCUUCGGAUGAUAUUAAGGAGUCAUCACUGUCGCCUCCACCGGUUCACUCAUCUACCAACCCCUCUAUUUCAGCGCAGGACAACAAGAACCAGCGGAGGGACUCUCUCUAUUCUCUAUACGCGCAGUCGUCAACUGGCCCGAUAUCGUCCCAGGAUAGCAAGGCGAAUUUGAAGGAUUCGCUGUAUUCGAUCUAUGCACAAUCAGUAAACCCUGUUAUGGGAUCGUACCCGUCCGUAGGUUCAAUGGGUUAUUUGCCCGGCUAUACGGGCUACUCAAACGCCGCUUCUUAUGAUUACUCCUAA